GUUAGACUAUUAUAGGUACCAAAUAUUUUGAAGUAAUUUAGCCAGACUUAAUAAUUAAUGACUGAAAAAGUGUUCUUGAAGCUUAAAGCUUUUACCGGUUGAGUAUUUUCAACGACUAGUAAUAGGAAGUCGCCAAACUGUGGCGUCCAAGCCGACGCCGCUGGCUCCAAGCAGCUGAGGACUUCAUGCUGGAUAGUGACGAGGAGCCGUUCGUCGUCAUCUCCUUGCCGGUGUAUGCGCCAGAGCCAGUAGCAGCGAGUUACGGGAAAAAGAACGGCAUGUGGUACGGGGGCGGAGCGGUGGCGGGCGCCGGCGGCGGCGGGGGACCGGGCGGUUGGUCUCGCGCCGGCACCCGCAAGCAGUCCGUGGCGGAGUCGGAUGCACCCCCGCCCGGCGGUGGCAAGCCCGCUAGCGGCCGUGUCAUCAGGAUCAUCAACAACAUGGACCACUCCAUUCAGUGUCGAGUAUUGUUAAACCUCCGAACCACACAACCUUUCGAGGAAGUAUUGGAGGAUCUAGGGCAAGUCCUGAAAAUGAGCGGAGCUAAAAGAAUGUACACUAUAACCGGACAAGAGGUCAGGAGUUUUUCACAAUUAAGAAAUGAAUUCGCAGACGUCGAAACGUUUUAUUUAGGGUCAAUGAUAGUGGCCCCAGCGUUGAGCCCUGGCGUGAGCGCUCCGUUGCUGCCUGUUGAAUCACCUAUUCGAAGAUCAAGAUCGAGAGCAAAUAUGGCAGCAGCUGCCUCCACAGAAGACUUACGCGGUAGAAGAGCGCGAAGCAAAAGCCGACCAAGAGUAUUAUAUGCACCAGAAGGCGAAAUCGUACGCAACUCAGAUUACACACUUCUAGAAGUAUUAAAAGAAGAGCCAAUUCGAGUAACAAUAAGAGGCUUGAGACGUACUUUCUACCCGCCCAUACACCACGCACCGAUAGACAACACCCCUCCAGAGAAGAAAAUGCAACUGGACUGGGUAUACGGGUAUCGUGGCUCGGAUUCCCGUAAGAACCUUUGGGUGUUGCCCACUGGUGAACUGUUGUACUACGUAGCCGCAGUAGCUGUCAUGUAUGAUCGUGACGAGGAGUCGCAGCGGCAUUAUAUAGGUCAUACGGAAGAUAUACAAUGUAUGGAAUUGCAUCCGUCCCGCGAGUUGGUAGCCAGCGGGCAGAAGGCGGGUCGCGGGCGGCGCGCUCAAGCGCACGUGCGCAUCUGGAGCACGGAUACACUGCAGACCUUGCACGUGUUUGGCAUGGCGGAAUUCGAAGCGGGAGUGUCGGCUGUUGCCUUCUCACAACUUAAUGGUGGGAGCUAUGUGCUAGCUGUGGACGCAGGCAGGGAGAGCAUCCUCUCCGUGUGGCAGUGGCAGUGGGGACACUUAUUGGGAAAAGUGGCCACUUUACAAGAGGAGCUGACUGGUGCUGCUUUUCAUCCUCUGGACGAUAACCUUCUCAUCACCCACGGGAAGGGACACUUAGCUUUCUGGAACCGCAGGAAAGAUGGAUUCUUCGAACGCACUGACAUCAUCAAACAGCCAUCUCGUACACACGUGACAGCGCUGCAGUUCGAACAAGAUGGCGACGUGGUGACGGCCGACAGCGAUGGCUUCAUUACCAUCUACAGCGUUGACAGUGAUGGUGCAUACUUCGUCCGCAUGGAGUUCGAAGCUCACAUCAAAGGAAUCAGCUCCUUGGUGAUGCUUUCGGAAGGCACUUUGAUAUCGGGCGGAGAAAAAGACAGAAAAAUUGCGGCGUGGGACUCUCUGCAGAACUACAAGCGAAUCACUGACACUAAGCUACCAGAGUCGGCAGGCGGCGUAAGGACCAUUUACCCUCAGAGGCCGGGAAGAAACGACGGCAACUUAUACGUAGGCACCACGAAGAACAACAUCAUGGAAGGAUCUCUUCAGAGGCGGUUCAACCAGAUACUAUUCGGACAUCAUAAGCAGCUAAUGGGACUGGCUGUCCACCCCGACGAUGAAAUGUUUGCUACAGCCGGGCACGACAAAAAUAUCGCCCUGUGGAAAGGCCACAAAUUAGUUUUCGCUACACAGGUUGGUUACGAGUGCGUCUCGCUAGCGUGGCACCCGAGUGGUGGCGCACUGGCAGCCGGCAGCACGGAGGGCCACCUGGUGGUGCUGAACGCGGACGCCGGCGCCCACGUCGCCACCAUACGAGUGUGCGGCAGCCCGCUCAACUGUCUCAUGUACAACUCUGCUGGCGACGUCCUAGCCAUAGGCUCACAGAACGGCAGCAUCUACUUGUUCCGCGUGUCUCGCGACGGUUUCUCGUACAAGAAGUCGAACAAGAUCCGCGGGGCGCAGCCGUUGGUGCAACUCGACUGGAGCCUCGAUGGCAGCUACCUGCAGACCGUCACCGCGGAUUACGACCUCGCUUUCUGGGAUAUCAAAGCUCUAUCUCCUGAAAAGAGCCCUGUAGCUAUGAAGGACGUCAAAUGGUCGACGUUUAAUUCUACAGUUGGAUUCCUCGUGUCUGGAAUGUGGAAUAACAGAUUCUACCCGAUGACCACCCUGAUAUCCACCGCUAGUCGCUCAGCGGCUCACGACUUGUUGGUCAGCGGUGAUACUGAUGGAUAUCUGAGAUUGUUCAGAUACCCCUGCGCGAGUCCCAAAGCGGAAUACAACGAGACGAAAGUCUACUCCGGCUUCGUAUACUGCGCCCGGUUCUUGUUCAACGACCGGUGCAUGGUUAGCACUGGCGGUGGCGAGGCGGCGCUCAUGCUGUGGGAGCUGGUGGACGACUAGCGUCGCGCCCCCGGCCCCGGCGCGCGGCGCCCCCCGCCCCCCGCCGUCGUGCUGGCGCCCCCCACGCCCUCGCCCCCACCUCCGGCCCUAGCUCCGGCUCUGGUGACUACGCGCACGCCGCAAACCUUCCGCGUGCUCAACUUCGACGACCUCGAUUGAAGAUGCGAGUGAAACAAAAGAGGGAAAUUUAAAAUUACAAAAUAGAUUCGCAUCGGUUUUCUGAUGCAAAGCGAAAUAAUACUACUGAAGAGAAGCGUGCACAGAUCUUUCAGACGGCAAGGCGAACAUACAAAGCCGCCACGAUUCACCAUAAUGUCAUGUUAAUAUGGCUAAUCACCUUUUUGUCUCUAUUGGAUGCACGCCAUUAAUCUAUAUCAGUCAAACUGUCUUGUCCAUACGAAUAGUGUAUUCACUCGGAACGAGACUUUUGUAGCGUAUAUAUUCGUACGUUAUAUCUGGUAUAAUAAAUAUAUUCCGGAUUUACUAUACACUGAUUUACCGAUUUCUAUUCUCUGAUAGUGGUGAUUACUAUCACAAAGUCAUAUGUAACACAAAUUAGAUAAAACUCUUAUCUAUAUAAUGGACUUUCUAGGUCAAUCCUACACCAGAUCACGACUACCAUUUGCUGUAGGUACUGGACACAUUGUCUACCCUAAUCGCAAAUUAAUGCAUUUUAUAUUAUAAACUCAGCGACCAAGUAUCACGGUGAUGUAAUAGUACUGUUGAUUAAAAUAUAAUAGAGAUUAAACUUCACUUGAUAAGCGCAACUCUAGUCAGAUUACACCUAGUCAAAAUACUUAAUAAAUGAUAUCACAUUCAAGAUUUUGAAGUAUUAUGUAAAAAAAUAUAGG